CGCCUCGUUGAGGCCUCGGAAUCCUGGAGGCGGAACUUUCAGCAGGUGAUUCCGGAAACCGGACAGAUGCCGGAGCGCCCGAGGAUGAGCCAGUGACAACCGGAAGUAGGAAGAGAGCUGAGCGGCCUGGAUUACGGGUGUUAUUGCUUUGCCCCAGAACGGGGAUGGAGGGGCGCACAGCAUACGAGGAGUACCCCUACCCUGUAGUCUUCUUGCCCCCCUACGAGAACCCCCCGGCAUGGAUCCCCCUCCAGGAGCGCAUCUACAACUCGGAUUACAACAAUGAGCUGACGCAUUUUCUACCUCGCUCCAUCCUGCUGAAGAAGCCACCAGGAGCACAGCUUGGGUUUAACAUCAGAGGUGGAAAAGCAUCCCAGCUUGGUAUCUUCAUUUCAAAGGUCAUCCCGGACUCAGACGCUCAUCGCGCUGGCCUACAGGAAGGAGACCAGGUGCUUACUGUCAACAAUGUGGACUUCCAGGAUAUUGAACACAGCAAGGCAGUGGAAAUCUUGAAAAGUGCCAGGGAAAUCUAUAUGCAAGUCCGGUACUUUCCAUACAAUUACCAGAGACAGAAAGAAAGAACUGUUCACUAGCAUCUGAUCGUCCGCAGGAGUGCUGGGGAGAAGCAUUUAACACCAGACCCUUGAACCCCCCCCCCCGGUUGCCACACUAGGCCCAUGCUUCUAUUCUUUUAUCUAAUGCUGUUUAACACUAUAUUUGAUUAGAUACGACUGAAACGGACACUACAACCUACUAGUAAAGCAUGAGGGAGGCCAUCUACACUGGCACUUUGUAAAUGGUUUGUCUGAAAUGCAUUUUUCUACCCAUCAGUUUGGAUUAUAAGUACCGUAACCGUUUGCUACAAUGUUUUAUGUUAUUAACGUCCUGCCAAAAUAAAGUAUUUUACCACCAUUCACAACAUGCAAACAUAAGGCAAGAUGGCUGCUUUAUGGCAAUUUUUAAUUCUAACAAAUACAUAUUAAAAGUUCUCUGGCAAUAAGUCAAGAAUACAAGGUUAUUUUAUGGCUACCAAAAAUGAUCAUAAACAAAUAUAAGCAUAUCUUCAUUUUUAGGCACUUCACCUCUGCUUUAUACAGAUGCUGCUCAAUGAGAGGACGUCUCGCGUCUAAUUGUUCUCAGAGUAGACAUUGCCAUGUUCACAAGUAGCAGAAAGCGUCAUAGACUCAGGCCUUUAUUCAUAAUUAUCUGUUGCCAAAGAGAAACCUGGUAGAAUAUUUGUAUUUAGUUUUAAAGGGGUUCUGUAGUUUUUUUUAAACUGAUGAUCUAUCCUCUGGAUAGAUCAUCGGCGGGGGUCUGACACCCAGGACCCAUGCCGAUCAGCUGUUUGAGAUGGC